GGAAGUGAAACCUCACUUUGAGCAGAGGGGAAGAGACGCCGGAAUUAGCUGCGGUUCGUGCAAACUAAAGACUGCAUUGCAAUUUAGCCGACUUGGUGUUUAUUGUGAUUGCACUGAUCAUUUCAUGCGCGUCUGCACUUUGCUCUGAGUCUUGUUUAAAUGCAAACUUGCUCCAUUUAACUGCGCGGCCGGGCUCGUGUGCACACGCCUGCAGCUAAUCCCACGUUUAGUGCAUUAAGACUCAACUUUACAAACUCCAGGAACUUAUUUUAGAAAGGUUGCUGUGCGGGAUGCCUGAAGGCCCUGAGCUUCACAUGGCCAGCAGCUUUGUCAACAGGGUAUGCUGUGGCCUGGUGUUCUCGGGGAGUGUGGAGAAGUCAGCUGUGAGCAAGAACAUGGAGGUUCCCUUCCAAUGUGACGCUUACAUCAUCUCGGCGCAGUCCCGCGGGAAGGAGGUCAAGUUGACCCUGACACCGGUCAAACAGGAGGAAGGAUCUCCCUCGGCCACGGACGGUGAGGCUGGGUCACCCGGCCCACUGGACAUCACCUUCCGCUUCGGCAUGUCGGGCUCGUUCCAACUGGCGGCCGUGGAGGAGAUCCCCAAACACGCCCACCUCAGGUUCCUCACCAGUGGCUGCCCCAGGCAGGUCCUGUGCUUCGUGGAUCCCAGGAGGUUCGGCAGCUGGGCAGUGAACGGGAGCUGGCAGCCUGUCCGCGGACCCUGCGUCAUGCUCGAGUACGAGAUGUUCAGGCAGAACGUGCUGUCUCACCUGUCUGACAAUGCCUUCAACAAGCCCAUCUGCGAGGUGCUCCUAAAUCAGAGAUACUUCAACGGAAUCGGGAAUUACCUGCGUGCCGAGAUUCUCCACAGGUUGAAGGUUCCUCCAUUUGAGAGAGCGAGGACUGUAUUGGAAGCGUCACUCCACAAGGAACCGGCAGCUGAGUUGACCCUGAGCAAGAAGGUAAAGGUGAAGUUGGAGAACCCUGACAUUCUUGAGCUGUGCCACCUGCUGCCAAUGGAGGUCAUUAAUUUGGGGGGCAAGGGCUACAACUCUGACCGUACUGACGGAUCCUCUGCCUUUGCUGCGUGGCUCCGUUGCUAUGAUGUGUCGGGAAUGCAGACCCUCCGUGACGCCAACGGCAGGACCAUCUGGUUCCAGGGGAUCCCAGGACCGAUGGCACCAAAAGGGUCCAGAACGCCCAAAGCCAAGUCUCAGAGGAAAACUAAAUUGGAGGAGGAUAAAAAGCACUCGGUGGCAACCAAGGGUCUCGCAGCCAAGAAGAGGAAGGUGAAAGUGGAGCAGCAAAGGUCUCAUGCUGUGCCAGAGGAUGGUCCUCAGAGGAAUGCCCAGAACACCGAGGCAGCGGCUGGGGAGCAGGAGGACGAGAGGCCGGAGCAAGCCAGGAAACCAGGAGAAGAUCAGGAGCGCAAUAGGAGGAAACCAGGGGCAAAAGUCAUUGUCUAUGCCGGAGACUCCUGCAGAAUCUGGAAGACGGAAGACUCGGGCGGUGAAAUCCAGGAACAAAUAGAGAAACUUAAGAGGAUGGUCGGAUUAAAGCAGCUUUGUUUAGGUUGCAGGCGUGGAGGUAGUGGAUCAGAGCAGGCUGUGUGCUGGGAGAAUACUUUAUUAUUUGAAUAAAGCAAAAUACCACCAGGAUAAUUAUUUUUAGAUAUUUUCAAUUUUUUAAAUGUAGUCUAUCUUUUUUUAUACUAUUGAAAUAAAAUCUAACUGACAUUUUAAUGUA